AUGCUUCUUUUAAGGUCCCUGUUUAUGUCAUCAAGUGGAGGUCUGUCAAAUGAAGAAUUUCUGGUUUUGCAAGAGCAGCUGAUUGCACUGCGAAAUAGGAACUAUGAGCUCCAAGAAGCAUUGCAGAAGAAAAACCAUGAACUCACACAGCUUAGUUCACCUCGAUCCGAAGCUCUACAAUUUGCAAAUAAGCUUAUAAACCGCCGUGAAGGGAGUAAGGAGAAGGAAAUAACCCAGAGAUAUGAAGCCGAGCUAGAUGCUUUAAGAAUGAAGCUCACCUCUCAAGAAGAGGAGUUUAGGUUGCAGCAGGAGACGUUAAUAGCUGAGCUAAAUAAGAUUGUUGCCCAAAACGAAACGCUGAAUAAAGAACUGGAGCAGUUCAAGGCCGAUGGUUCAAUCUACUCCUCUCCUCAAGCAGGGACGCCGUGUGACGCACAAACAUCAUUUGUGGAACUUUAUCAUCCUGCUCCCGUAACGUCUCGUGACCCACCCACUGAAGUUGCAAUCGCUUCGAAAUCUUCUGUUGGCACACAGUGUGAUGGAGCUGAUGUACUUCAUGGUGGCACUGACAACAAUAUAGCAUCAUCAGAGCCACAAAAUGAAUCGAAGUCAUGUCAGACUGAUGAGGAGGAAGUCGUAUCAGUAAUGGAGAAGCUACUAGAGUAUGAGGGAAAAAUGACUGAGCUCAGAAGAUCAAUAGAGGAGCUUUCUUCGGAAAACACGAACUUGUCAUCCAUUGUUCAAGACAACGAAGCUAAAGUAGUUUCACUACAGGAAGAACUGAAGCUGGCAAAUAUUAAUCUUGCCAAGAAAGAUGAAUUUAUUUCCUGCGCCUUACGGUCCAUAUCGAAUAUGAAGGAUAAUGCUGGACAAGAGUGCAUUCCCUUCACCGAGCAAUGCAUUGAUAUUGAUAAACUAAAUAAAGAGGUCCAACUCAUCCUCGAAUGCAUUUCAAAUGGCCGCGCCGCAACUGCUAAGGUUUUUGAAGAGAAGACCGCUUUGGAAGAAUUGGUAUCAGACCUGCAGGCAAAAGUUGAGGCUUCGCAAACCAGGCUCCUACAAGUGGAAGAAGCUCACGAAGCAGAGAGAGCGCGCGCAAAUGAAGAGAUCCAGUCACUCUCUGAGAAAUUGCUCAGAAUGCAGGAUGCUCAUGACUCCGAGGUGAAAGCGAUAAGAAGGGAAUCUGCUACCAAUUGCGAUGAGCUUAAAGCGAAGAUUGCUGCAUUGGAAGAAUCAGAAAGCAAAUUCUCUGAGGACAAGGUUUUGCUACUCGAAACACGAUAUCAGCUGGAGUUAGCUGAUCGUGAAAAAUUGAUCGAGAGUGAAAGAAAAGAAAUGCACCGGAAGCUAAACUCUCUGGAGGCUUCCUUAUUGGCUAAAGAUGAAGAGAAGGCGUUAGCUCUGAAGAAACAAGCGGCACUCAUCAAAGAACUGCAACGUGCUGUUAAAGAAGAAAAGAAGCGUGCUGAAUCUAUGGAGAAGCUUGGUCGAUGUUCUUCGGAAGAAAGAGGAUGGCACUUAGUUGGAGAAACAGGCGCUAAAAGUGCACAGACCCUUGAUGGUGCCGACAGUCGCAGUGUAUCGUCAGCAAGUGCCCUAGAGUCGGACAAUUUCGAACUCAUUAGCCGACUGACGUCGCUACAGCGAACACAUGCGGAAACCCUGGAUCGUAUAAACGCACUAGAGAGCGAAAAUGCUAGGUUGCACUGUGAAAUAAAUGAGAAAAGUGAACUUAUCGAGCACUGGAUUAGAAGGAGACCGCUGGCACAGGGAACAGGUGUCACGACGCCAUCGAAAACGGAAGGUACUUUCCGAAAGCUGCUGCUUUCAACACUGCCUAGUGAUGAGGCUACGAACGACAUUAAAGAAAUGAAUAAAAAGCUUCAACGUAUGCUGGAGGAGACUUUAUCAAAGAAUAUCAUCCUUCAAAGGCUACUAAAAGCUUUUCAAGGAAAGGAUGAUAACGAUUCUGUUGGAAUAUUACUUCCCUUUGAAGUGCUCAAAUGUAUAUUUCUAAGGAUUUUAGGAUCUGCAAACGCUUUUGGAACGUACAGAAAUGUGAACCUCUACGUGCCGGAGAUGCUGGAAAUAGACGAUACGCCUGGAGGAGUCGGCUCGGUCGAAUCAUCACUUCUUGAUCAAAGCAUAAAUAACUCUGGUGUUACUGUUAAUCAGAUUGAAGUAGAAGAGGAAGACGCAGUUGAAUCACCAGUGAGUGCUGAGUCGGUGCUUGAUCGUCUUUCGAAAUUUCCAUAUCAAGUAUUUGUCUUAUCUGAAUAUGGAAGACCUAUAUUUGUGUCAUGUGGCCAUGAAGAUCAGCUGUGCUCUCUAUUCGCCUUGAUAGGAGUUUUCGUUUCAAGAGUAAAAUUGUGGGGAGAUCGACUACUGCAACUUUCUUCGGGUGAUGUACAUGUUCGCUUUUGCCAUCGAUCAUCUCUUAUACUAUGCAUAGUGUCACGAUCUUAUGAGCUAUUGGAUGACCAACUGAAUGUACUAUUUGACCAGAUAGUAUCUACUCUCUCAAGGUCACAACUUGACAUAGUCUACAAAAAGAAGGGAGAUAAUUAUGAUUUGCGGCGACUACUCAGAGGAACUGAUAAGUAUAUGGACAGUAGUGUGUCAGCAUGGCGAAGCGACAUCUCAUUGCUACAGUCAGCUAUUCGGGUGCUUCCAAUGCAACCAUCUGACAGAGACUUUCUCUCAUCCACAAUGGUUGCGUGUAUCACGGCUGCGAAACUUGAUGGGGUUCUUUUCGGGUUGAUGAUUGCCCAUCGACAAGUGGCAGCCAUGGUGAAAAAGAAAAUUGUGGAAAAAUUAGAAAACAACGCCAAGUUCUUUCCCAGCUUCAAGUCUUCUGUAGAAUCUCCUGUCGCGUUCAGUAUAUCUCAAAUUGGUACGGGUAGCGACGUUUUAUGGUCAUUCGUAUACAAAAAUCGAUCUUCUCGUCAAGUAUGUAUUUCUGGUGCCAAAAUGCCUCUGAUCUCACGUGCUGAGAGAAUCUCUGCCCGGACAUUGUAUGAGAGAAUCUCACAUCUGGUGCGAGAGGAACCCCAUAUGCGAUGUCUCUUCCUGAAGCGGAAUCGUGACAACGUUCUUGUUUGGGUGACUGACAAGUUCGAGCUACAGUGCGUGUUUAGCCCAUUGGUGUCAGCCGUGACGGCAACCACAAUGGUGGAUCGCUUGUUAAAGACGUUAAAAUAUCAUGAACAAAGAUAUUUUAUCAUACACACACCUUCCUUCUAG